AUGGCCGAUUCUGAAGCUAACCCUCAACAGAGACAAACCCAUAAGAAAAAGAAGAACAAGAAGAGAAAGCAGACCGGACCAUACGAAGAAUCUGAAAGACCCACCAAAACAAACCGCACCAAUUCACCAGAGAACAACGAAAAUCAACAACAAGACCAAAACUUUGAAGUUGAAGGAGCUGAAAAACCCAACCAAGGUGGUCCAUGGAGGAACCUGGAGUUAAUUCUGUCAAUCCAGAACAAAGACCUUGAUCUUAACAAGAAGGUGGAACUAGCGUAUGAUUUUCUGAUGUCGAGAGUAAAGGAAGAAGGACGGAGCAGUGAUGAGGAUGAUCAAGCAGUGAACAUGUCACGUUUAGUAAUGUUUGGCAGUGAGUGGAUCCAGUCGUUGUUGAUUUCUGAAGGGAAGAAGGUUCAGAGUGGUGGAGACAAGCAUCAAGCUGAAGCUAUUGAUACGUUUUUGGAUUUAAGAUGCUGGGAGAUUUUUAAAUUCUGUCUGGAGGAGUCUCUGAAAUUAAAUGUUUCCUUAAGUUUCUCACGGAACCUUUUACGCUCUAUAUGUUGGAUUGCAAGGAGUGCACUGUCCUUAAUGAACCCAACAUCUUCAUCUCCAAGAGAUUUUUUUGCCAUUGGUGAAGGGUUACAGUUGUACACUACUGUGCUUGAUUGUAUUUCUAUGGUAUUUUCAUCCCAAGAAGGCUUCUCAAAUGAAAAUUUGGACAUGUGGAUUUCAACUGUAAGUUCAGUUCUUGACCUUGGACACAAAUUUUACAGUGAAGCUCCUGUUAGUCAUGAUGAGGGUGUAUUUGUUUCCCGAUUCUUGUGCUUGGUGCUUGAGCCAUUUGCCAGGUUUUUAAGGGCUCACGGAGCUCGGAAAAAUGGAUUUCAUGAUUUUAGUGAGAAGCUUCUUGAGCCUCUCUUGCAUCUCUACGGUCUCUUGCCUCUUCAGAUUGGUGGAAGUAAUCCUGGUUGGACGAGAAACUUACUGAAGCUUGUUGAAGAUGUAUUAUCUCAUGGGCUAUAUCACCCACUCCAUAUUGAUGGGUUUUUGAGCUUAUGCAGUACUGAAAAAUACGCCACAUCCAAAUAUGAGAAGUCAAAAGAUUCCAAAACAAUGAACGAGAGCUAUCAUAGACAUUUAUUUGAUAAAGUGGAAGGAAUUUUAGCUGCAAAGAAUGCAUUUGCAGUAGAAAGCAUAGGAGUCUUGUUUCAACUGCUUAUAGAUCAAGUUAAAAAGCUAAAGACGGAUUCAGCGCUGACUGCAAGUGGCAAAAUGAUGGGGAAAAGUGAAGGUUCAAGGCAUAUAGAAGAUAGUUCAUUGGGUCAAACAUCUAUGAUGUCUUCUGAGAGUCGUAUUAUUGAAACAAACUAUCACUCAACUAGUUUCAAUCUGGAAACACGAAGGUCCCUUUACUAUUUUUUUGUACUGAUUAUGGAGCCUCAUUUGCUUGAGAUCAAUGGCUUUCUUGAAACUAAGCUGAAAGUGGGCCCUGAAUUGUUGGAUGUUCGUUGCACACUUAAAGCCAUCAAUAGUGUACUUUUGGUCUUUAUGCAUGAAAAGAUUUAUCUGAGAACAGAGGAUGCCUCUGAGGGAGCUUGUCUUAAAUUUUUGAAGAAGGCUUAUAAUAUCGUCAUGUCAUUGUCCUCUGAUUUGAUUCAGUUGUCAGUUACACACUCAGAUAGUUUUACUCUAAUAGCAAAUGAGGUACUUUCUGCUGUAGGCUAUCUUUUGGAGAUUGAAUAUGAUGUUCUAGAGAAUGAUCUGCUAAGCUUGUGGUUAAUGAUGCUCUCAUACUUGGCCAUUGGGUUUUCUUUGGUGGAUUCUCCGGAUAGAUGCUCAUUAUUCUCCAAGAUAAUAGAUAUUGGAUGCCAAUUAAUUAUGCUCUAUAGUCAACUUCGUCAGGUGGAUACUGCUAUCUUUGCAUUGUGUAAAGCAAUGAGGGUUAUUAAUUUACAUAAUAUCGAUGGUGAUCUGAACUAUGGUAGAUUUGUCAUUCCUUUUCAUGGUGAAGCAUAUGCAAAAUCUGUGGAAAUGAUAUCAUGUGCUCACCACCUCAAAAUUGCAAUCCACAAAGCAAUGAAGUCCAUACCAGAAGGACAAGCCAGUCAGUGUAUUCAGCAGUUAACAUUGGAUAUAUUAGAAUCUUUAGAGUGGAUGAAAGCUAGUUGUUUGGAGGCUGAUGAAAAUGAAUUUGCUGAUUGCCAUCUAAGUAGCUUGCACAGUUAUAAUCUGGAAGCUGAACUUUUCGGGAGAGGGUUGUCAGAAAUGUAUACACUAGUGCUAGAGUCAUUGAUUGUCACAGCUGGAAACUCUAACCUUCUUAGCGCUUCUAUAAAGGAACUGAUUAGAGUGAUUUCCCCUUGCAUGAGCAAGCUGGUUGGACCACAGCAGGAGGAUGCUAUAAACAAAUUCCUAUGUUCUGUCGUGGUGAAAGAUUCUGACAAUGUGGUCGCUAGAAACAAAAAGAAAUAUCUGAUAUUUGGAGUCUCCACUUAUUGGGUAGUUCUAUUCUUCUUUCGACUGUAUAGUUCCUGCCGAUGCUUAUAUAGGCAAGCAUCAAUCCUUAUGCCUCCAGAUUUAUCAAGAAAAAUGUCUGCAGAAAUGGGAGAUUUGUUCUCCUCAUUCUCUGGCAGGGAUUGGAUGGAAAUGUCUGAUUGGAUGAAUGAGGGAUUUUUCUCUUGGAUUGUACAACCUUCAGCUUCUCUUCUUGUUGUUAUUCGAUCUAUUUCAAGCAUCUUUUGUAAGGACAGUGCAGCUUAUUCUUGUCCUUUAACUUAUGUAAUGCAUGCUAUGGCUUGUGAAAGGCUUGUGGAUUUGAAUAGUCAUAUAAAGUCUUUUGAAUAUUUGGUUGAAAAUGGUGAUAAUCUGGCGCAACUUGCGGAGAUCUCUUCUUUGAGGCAAGAGGCAGCAGGACUUACUGGUUUUAUGAUGGGGCACCUCUCAUUAGUGUCUGAAGAUCAACAGCGAAUCUUUACUUCCGCUGAUACGACUAAUAAUAAGAUGGUUCUCUAUGAAAGUGAUGAAUGGGAUUUCAGUAUUUGCUCUGUGAACAAGAAAUCAUUGCCAACUGCAGUUUGGUGGGUUGUUUGCCAAAAUAUUCAUGCAUGGUGUCCUCAUGCCUCUGAGAAGGAUUUGAAGAGAUUCCUUUCUGUUUUAAUCCAUACUUCCCUUCCCUAUGUAAGAAACAAUACUGGGGAGGUUAUAGAGCUUAAGAACCAUGAAGCUGACAGGCUGAAGAAUGUGGCAUUGCAUCAAAUCUCAUCACACUGCUUUAUUGAUUCCAGUCUGUAUGAGCAAAGAUUUGUCCGCAGGUAUUUUGCAAAGCUGUUCUGCCGUGCACUGGAGAAAUCUACAUUACCAUUCAUCAGUGACUUCCCAUCCAGAAAUGUUAAAUUCAAAUCAUCACCUAAUUGGCCGGACGUCUUAAGUGAUUUAGAGAACUCAUCACUGGCUAUUUCCUGCAACAAACUCAAAGUAUUUGAUUGUUCCUCAGCCUCAAGUUGCAAGGGAGAAAACUCCCAACCAUCUAACAUGAUGAAAUUUACAGCUUGUCAGAGUUUGCUUAAUCUUCUGAGUUGUAUGCCAAAAGGUCAUUUGAACACGAGAUCAUUCUCACGUUAUGUGACAUCUAUUCUCAACCUUGAAAGGAUUGCUGUUGGCGGCUUAUUAGAUUAUCAGAAUGCUUCAUACUCAACUUAUUAUUAUGAGCUCUUCAGAUUGUUUGUGUCUUGUCGGAAGGCCUUGAGAUGUGUAAUUAUUGCUUGUGAGGAGACAAUAGCCAGUCAGACCUCAGACACUCGAGUGCUCUUUGAGGAUUUAUUUCCUGUUUUAUGGCUUUACAAGUCAGUGCACAUGGUUGCUGGGCUUCAAGAGUCAUUCUCAAAAGAUAUUUAUCAUCACGUUCAUGAUAUGAUCUUGGCGUUAAUGGAUCACACGUUUUAUGUGUUUCUGACAUUAACUAAAUAUGAAACUAAUCAUGCUAUUCGUUUCCUUGAGGUUGCUGAGCUGAAUUCUGAAUGUUCCCGUGAACAGAGAAGUCCAUAUUCGUCCAAUAAUAUUAAAUCCUGGAAAAGUGUGAACAUUGCUGCUAAGAUUUUGAAGGAACAGAUGCAGAUCUUACUUGUAAAUGUGAAGGGUGGCAUUUGUAAAGAGGGAGUUGCUGUUGAUGCUCUAAAUUUGAACAAAUUUGCUUCCAUAAUUUCCUGUUUUAGUGGGUUUUUAUGGGGACUUGCAUGCAGUGUGAUCGACACAGAUGGGAAAAAUAGUGAUGAGAAGGCUAAGUUGUCAAGGUGGAAACCUGAACCAGUCUCCGAACUCGACCUCUGUAUAAACGCCUUUGCAGAAAUUUCUAGUCUUCUAUUACAAAUGUUUAUUCUUGACGAUAAUCAGCAGCCCACAACUAUAUGUGACACUUAUAAUCCUCAGAAGUCAGGCUACAAUUUAGAUUUGUUGGGUGCAGAGAAGAUUUCGCCAGAAGACAAUAAUUCGGUCACUGAUAUGGCAUGUGGUGGACUGCAGGAUGAAUCUGCAGUUGCAGUCGCAUGCUCAGCAUCAUCCGACAUCUGUGAUGACUCUGUAAUUGGUAGUGUUCAUAGAAGAAGACCGCGCUUGAAAGAUGCAAAUAGUGUUGUUAGUGUUCUCAGUGCUGUUGAUUCAUUUGAACUGCAAUCUCUAAAUAAGCCUCUGUUGAAAAGCAUGCUAAAAGGUGAUUUCCCCAAUGCAGCAUUUUUACUCAGGCAGUUGUUGAUUGCCUCUUCUGCUGUUUUGAGGCUAAAUUUGCAUAUUAAGAGUGCUCCCAUGUCGUCAAGCUUGGUGCAUAAGUUUGCUGGCAUUAUGCAAGUGGUGUUAUUGGAAUCAGUGGACGCAAGUCAGGUUCCACACUUCUAUUAUUUUGUGUGUUUAGAUGGUGUUCUGAAGUAUCUGGAAGAAUUAGGGAAUCAUUUUCCUUUGACUAAGCCUACCUUAUCCAAAGAUCUGUUUGCCAAGAUGGUUCAGCUACAGUUAUGGGCUCUAGGGAAAUGCAUAACUUUACAAGGGAAAAGAGCAACUCUUGCAUCUCAUGAAACAAGCACAAAUACACACCUUUCUCCUAUGGGAUUUUCUGAAGCAUCAACUCUUUCUGGCUGUGAAUACUUACUGGAUGAUUGCAAAGCUAGGUUGAGGUCAUCAUUCGCAGUGUUCAUAAAGAAAUCAACAGAGUUGCAUCUACAAUCUGCAGUUAAAGCUAUCGAAAGAGCUUUAGUUGGUGUGCAGGAGGGGUGCACAGUGAGGUAUGACAUAUGUGCUGUUAGUGACGAUGGAGGAAAUGUAUCUUAUAUUGUUGCAGCUGGCAUUGAUUGCUUGGAUUUGGUUCUGGAAUUUGUUUCAGGACACAAUUUGAGUGUGGUUAAAAAAUGCAUUCAGAGGUUGAUUGCCUGCAUGUUCAAUGUUAUUCUGCAUCUGCAGAGUCCACUAAUAUUCUAUGAGAGAUCCACUCCGAGUAAAGAGCCAGAUCCAGGAACAGUCAUUCUUAUGUGUGUUGAUGUUCUGGCAAGAAUUUCAGGCAAGCAUGCAAUAUACAAAAUGAAUCUCUGGCAUGUAGCACACUCGUUACGUAUACCUUCAGCACUUUUUCAAGAUUUCCAUCUCUUGAAACAAUCCAAAUGUCGUGUUCCAAAUGAUUCCUCUACAAGUACAAAUAACCAACUCUGUAACCCAGCAGCAAGUAUACACGUCUCUGGUGUAGAUAGGCAAUACUCAACCGGCCUAUAUUCUGCUUGCUGCCGAUUAUUGCAUAAUGUUGUGAAGCAUCACAAAAGUGAAUGCGAGGGGUAUGUUGCUUUACUUCAAGCUUCUGUUCAUGUUCUUCUUUAUUGUUUGGAGACAUUGGAUGCUGUUGUGGUAGCCAAGGAAGGCUUGUUUUCAUGGGAAGUAGAAGAAGGAGUCAAAUGUGCAUGUUCACUCAGAAGGAUUUAUGAAGAGCUAAGACAACAAAAAGAGGUCUUUGGUCCACACUGUUACCACUUCUUAGCUUAUUACAUAUGGGUUUAUUCAGGAUAUGGCCCCCGCAAAACAGGCAUCAAAAGGGAAAUAGAUGAAGCUCUAAGACCAGGUGUAUAUGCUCUCAUAGAUGUUUGCUCACCAGAUGAUCUUCAACGUCUUCAUACCUCAUUUGGAGAGGGUCCUUGCAGAAACACUUUAGCAACCUUGAAGCACGAUUACGAACUCAAUUUCCAGUACCAGGGAAAAGUCUAAGUGAAGCUAUUACUGUGGUAGGAUACACCAGCAUCACUAUUUGAUUCUGCUGAUGCAACUCUUGUACCAUGUUACAAGUAGGGUAACAUCUUACCUAUGUGAUAAUCAUUUUGUAGCUAUAUCUUUCUCAUACAUUAGGCUAACGAUUUUGACAUGAAAAUAACAAACCUGUUUGUUAUCACUAAAUUGGUAACCAGAAGUCAUGUUGUAGGUAAGCUACCUAAGAGAUGACCUUAUGAGUGUAUACAGGAAUCAACAUUGCUGAUAAAGUGCAACUUCAUAUUGUUUUC